AUGUAUGGUCCUCCUGGAUGUGGGAAAACUAUGCUUGCUAAAGCUGUGGCUGCCAAUACAGCUGCUUCUUUUAUAAGAGUCGUCGGUUCUGAAUUCGUUCAGAAGUAUCUCGGAGAAGGUCCCAGAAUGGUGCGUGAUGUGUUCCGUCUAGCCAAAGAAAAUGCUCCCUCUAUCAUAUUUAUUGACGAAAUUGAUGCAAUUGCAACAAAGCGAUUUGAUGCUCAAACAGGAGCAGAUAGAGAGGUUCAAAGAAUACUGCUUGAGCUUUUGAAUCAGAUGGAUGGCUUCGAUCAAAGUACCAACGUCAAGGUGAUAAUGGCUACAAAUAGACAUGAUACGUUGGACCCUGCUCUACUGCGGCCUGGGCGACUUGACAGGAAGAUCGAAUUCCCACUUCCAGACCGGCGCCAAAAACGUCUCGUGUUUACUACGAUCACCUCAAGAAUGAACCUAUCCGAUGACGUAGAUCUCGAGGACUACGUCGCACGGCCGGAUAAGAUAUCUGGAGCUGACAUAAAUGCCAUUUGUCAAGAGGCUGGAAUGCACGCUGUUCGAGAAAAUCGUUACGUCGUACUCACAAAAGACUUUGAAAAGGCGUACAAGAAUGUGAUUAAGAAGGAUAUGAAUGAUUUUGAGUUCUACAAAUAA